AUGGCCGCAAUUGGUUCCUUGAUCUUCUGCACAGACUGCGGAAACCUCUUGCCCCCUUCCAAAGGCAGCGAAAAGAACAUUCUUCAUUGCGACUGCUGUGGAGCCGAGAACAGAGAAGAUCAACCCUGGAAAACCGUGACAACGAGGACGAAGCCCUCUGAUUUCCCCUCUGCACUACGACAGAAGCUCUCGAUUGUCCAAACUGUGGAGAGGCACAAGGUUCAAACAGAGCGUAUUGACGCCAACACCGAGUGCCCCAAGUGCGGAAAGACCGGAGUGCGCUACUCUGAGGUGCAGCAAAGGAGCGCCGAUGAAGGUUCAACCAUCAUUUACAACUGUGACUGCGGUGAAAGGUUC